AUGAAAGGAAGAAGUAACAGUGGCCUCCGUGCGUUUUUUUUGAGAAGAACCCUGGCCAGUGGUGAAUGUAAAGCAGCAGACGCGCUUCCCUUAACCCGUAAUCACUUCAUUAUCUAUCUAUCUAUCUAUCUAUCUAUCUAUCUAUCUGUCUGUCUGUCUGUCUUUUAUCCAUCCAUCUAUCUAUCUAUCUAUCUAUCUAUCUCUCUGAGUCUCUUCAUCAUCUAUCGGAGACUUUUCAUUAUCUAUCUAUCUAUCUAUCUAUCUAUCUAUCUAUCUGAGCCUUUUGUAUCUACUUAUCUGUCUUUUAAUCUAUCUAUCUAUCUAUCUAUCUAUCUAUCUAUCUAUCUAUCUAUCUAUCUGAACUAUCUAUCUAUCUAUCUAUCUAUCUAUCUAUCUAUCUAUCUGAGUCUUUUCAUUAUGCAUCUAUCUACCUAUACUUUUCAUUAUGUAAAUCUUUUCAUUAUCUAUCUAUCUAUCUAUCUAUCUAUCUAUCUAUCUAUCUAUCUAUCUAUCUUGUUUUCAUUAUCUAUCUAUUUAUCUAUCUAUCUGAGUCUUUUCCUUAUCUUAGUAUCUACCUAUCUAUCUAUCUACCUACCUACAUACCCAUCUCUCUAUCGGAGUCUUUUCACUAUCUAUCUAUUUAUCUCUCUAAUUAUCAGAGUAUUUUCAUUAUUUAUGUAUGGAUGUAUCUAUCUACCUAUUUAUCUAUUUGAGUCUGUUCAUUAUCUAUCUAUCUGUGCCUUUUCAUUAUCUAUCUAUCUAUCUAUCUAUCUAUCUAUCUAUCUAUCUAUCUAUCUGGGUCUUUUCAUUAUCUUUCUAUUUAUGUAUUUAUUUAUCUAUCUAUGCUUGCCUGGUCUUCACGUAAAUACUUAUACUUGUCGCUAUCCACUUUGA